GAGUGCCAGCUCCGACCCCGGCCUGGGAUUUCUGGGAAACGCAGUUUCUGGAGCCAGCAGGGCGGGGCGAAGGGCCGGGCCCUAGAGCUACCGGGAGUUGUAGUUCUUUGUAGACCAUGAAGUGGCGGGUUUUGAAAGUCUCCAGAUUUCAAGGGCUAGAAGGAACCAUUUUGGGGAUGCGUACGUUUUGUUUUCUCCAAAGGUGAAAAAUAAAUGCUUAUGUCCCCAGUUGUCCAUAGCUUUCCCAUGUUAAUUUUGUGGGAAAGCCAGAUGAUAGUCAUAGUAUAGUAUAUUUCUAAAUUUAAGUGUAUUUUUUAAUGGCACUAAAGUAUGUGCAAAACUGCAUCUGAAUACUAUUCAGCCUUAAGAAGGAAUGAAAUUCUGAUACAUGCUAUGCGUUAAACGUGACAUUAUGCUAAGUGAAAUAAGCCAGACACAGAAGGACAAAUAUUUAAUGAUUCUGCUUGUAUGAGGUUUGUAGAACAGUCAAAUUCAUGGAGAUAAAAUGUAGUUCUAUCUCCUGAUCAGAACAGUGUUGCCCCUUCCGCCGUGGCAGCCAUUGAGGAGCGGCAGCCAUUGAGGAGCGGCAGCCAUGGCUCUGCGCUACCCCAUGGCCGUGGUGGGCCUCAGCACGGGCCACAAGGUGACCAAGAACGUGAGCAAGCCGAGGCACAGCCGCCGCCGCAGACGCCUCACCAAGCACACGAAGUUUGUGCGGGACAUGAUCCGGGAGGUGUGCGGCUUUGCCCUUUAUGAGCGGCGGGCCAUGGAGCUGCUCAAGGUCUCCAAGGACAAGUGGGCCCUCAAGUUCAUCAAGAAGAGGGUGGGGACACACAUCCGUGCCAAGAGGAAGAGAGAGGAGCUGAGCAAUGUCCUGGCCGCCAUGAGGAAGACGGCAGCCAAGAAGGACUGAGCCCUUCCCCUCUAUGCACAAUAAAACUUUUCCAGAAAAAAAAAAAAAAAAGAA